AUGGAUCAAGACCCAUCAACCACCAAUCAAUUCGAUCAAAUCCCAUUAGAUCCAGAUUUAUUCAAUCCAGAUGUAAAUGAUCUUACACGUUUAAUCGAAGCGAUUCAUACGACUAAACAUCAAAAGGAUGAUGAAGCCAAAGGACUUUUGAGUAAAGAAUGGGAUCGUAGUAUGGAUCAAGAAUUAAAUGAAUUACAAGAAGCCGAAAAGACCUUACGAUCAGGUAAAAGGAGAAGACAUAAAAUCCGAGGAGAACCCGAAUUAUCUACCGAAGUUUCAAUCUUACUAGGAAAAGCCAAUUUAUGUUUCAUUAAUCAAGAGUAUCAAGAAGCGAUUCCAUUAUUUGAAGAAGCAGUACGAAUCGAACCAAUGUGUAAGAUGGCAUGGAACAACUUAGGAGCGAUUUAUCAAGACUUGAACGAUUUUGAAAAAUCUUGUCAGUUUAGAAUGAUUGGAGCUCAUCUGACUGCUAAAUCUGAACAUUUAUGGAAAGAGUUAGGUGCUGAAUCUAGACAACAUGGACUUUUGUCUCAAGCUAUUUAUUGUUUUAGUGAAGCUAUUAAAGUUGGGAAAGAUGAUGUAGAAGCAAUGUGGGAUCGUUCAUACUUACUCUACGAAGUAGGUAGACCAAGGCAAGCAUUAUUAGGUUACCUUUCGAUCUUGAAACUUAACCCUUAUAACCCUGAUGUAUUAAGAGAAAUCGCACAUCUUUGUGCAACGACCGAUGAAAAAGAAUUACCGCUGAAGUUGUUUAAAACCGCUUUUGAACAUUACCAAUCAUCACUUCCGACUCCUUCACCUGAUUUCUUACAAACCGGAUUCGGUUUAGAUCAUCUAAGGAUCCUGAUCAGUUUAUUAAUGAAAUCUUAUCCAUCUUCAAUCCCACUUAUUUUAGGACCCGAUUCGAGUUCCAAACCCGAAGAAGAAAACCAACAAUCUUAUUACAGUUAUGUGAUUAGAAUUAUUAAAUUGUCUACUAGGUGGUUACAGGGUAGAUCGGAUUCUGAAGGUCAUGGUUAUUUGAAUUGGGAGAGUUUGGAUGAUGAUCGAGAGUUUGAUCUGGUUAGAGGAGCAAGAGAUGAUGUGGACUUAUUGGAAGAUUAUAGGUUUGAAAAUGCUCCGGUCUUUGGAUUAGAACCGGAGUUUAGAACUUAUUUAGGGAUUUGUAGACUUAAGAUUGGAGAUGAAGAAGAAGCUAAAGCUCAUUUUGAUCUUAUUAAAGAACUUAGUAUCCUAGAGUUUUCAGAUUUGUUUUUAAUGAUUGGUGAUACGUAUUUUGAUUCAGAUAUGUUUCAUGAAGCAUUAGAGUUUUAUCAAGAAUUAGUUGAUAAUGAAUCAACUAAUAAUCCAUCAGUUUGGCAUAAGAUUGGACAGUGUUAUAGGAAAUCUGAAAAUCUUGAAGAAGCUGCUGAAUGUUAUGAAGCAAUUGUGGAAACCGAUCAUAUGGAUCUGCUAGCUAAAUCACAACUAGCCGAGAUAUAUGAAUUAUGUGGAAGACUUGAUGACGCAUAUAAGAUGGUAGAUGAUAUUAUUGAGAUUAGAAGAACAGCAAGGUCUCAAGGAAUCGUUCUAGAUCAAGACCCGAUUUCUCAACCUAAUCGAUCUCAAAACCCAUUAUCUAUUAAACCUAAUCCGAAUCCAAAGUAUAAAUCGAUGGAAGAAAGAAGAUUAGAAGAAGUUAACCGAACUGAACGGUAUGUGAUUAGUUUUAAAAGAUUAGAAGAGAUCGCAUUGAAAGUCUCUUUAGUGGAUGAGAAUGAUGGGGAUGGGGAUAGGGUUAAGGGUAGUUUGAUGAAUGAGUUUGUGAGGAUUGCUAAUCCGAUGAUUGAAGGCUUUAGACAAACUCCUGCUUUGUUUCCUUGUGAAAUCACGAAAAAGUUUGUUGGGGUGAAUGUUGCACCUAAGAAACCGAAGAAAGUGGAUGCACAUGGGAAUCAUGUCGGAGAAGAAACUCAAGCUGAAACUAGUCUUCAAGAGUUUAGAGGGAUCCAAUUCGAAGACUGGGUUCGAAUCUUUGUACAUUAUUCAUUUUUUUGUGUAAAAGUUCAAAGAGAAGAUGAAGCAUUUGAAGUGAUUAAACAUGUGAUGUUAGCACCUGUUUUUAGACAAUCUGCAAGUAUGCAACAAGUUUUAAGAUUAGCAUAUGCCGCAAUAUGUUAUGCGAAAGGAGAUUAUGUAAAAGUGACUGAUACGAUUCGAUGGAUCAGUUUACGUUUGUUAUAUCAUAACGAACCGAUCCGAUUGAUCAAUAGUUUAUUAAACCAAGGCUUUCAACAAGCUUUAGCAUUCGCUAAUGGUAAUCUACAGAAAUGGUUCUUAAGACAAAUCAAAAUUAUUGAUCAACAUGUUAAAAGGUUUAAAUCAGAUGGCCUUCAAUCCGAUGCGAUCGGACUACGUCAACGACCUCAAAUUAGAGGUAAAGGAGUUCAGUUUCAUUUACCGGAAGAGGAAGGGUUUGAGGAAGAGGAUGGGGAUGAAGAUGAAUCGUAUUGGAAACCUAGUAGGUUUAAACCUAGGAAAUCUAAUCCGGUUUAUACGAUCACUUUUUCUCAAAUCUUGGCGGCUACUAGGAGUUUUCAAUCUUCAAUUAUUCAUUAUUUAAGAGUUUAUGAAACUUAUCCUGAUGAACCUCUUUUGAACUUGUUACUCGGUUUAAGUUAUUCUCAAAGAGCUAUGCAAAGACAAACUGAUAAUCGACAUCAUCAAAUCGUUCAAGCAAGUGCUUUUAUGAAUAAGUAUCGAAAGUUAAGGUCUUUGAAACAUGGUCAAGAAGUAGAGUAUAACUUUGGUAGGUUUUUUCAUGGGAUUGGUUUAAUCACUUUAGCUAUUUCACAUUAUCAAAAAGUACUUUGUUUAGCUGAUGAUCAAGAAGACGAAGGGAAUGAAGAAGAAGAAGGGAAUGAAGGGAAUGAAGAAGUAGAAGAUUUUAAAAGUUUAGCUGCUUAUAAUCUUGUGUUGAUUUAUAUGACUUCGGGGUCACCUGAUUUAGCACAUGAAAUGAUUUGUAAAUAUUUAUCUGUUUAA